AUGGAAGCCGAGCAACCAGAGCAAUCCUUCUCCGAACAAGAACCUAUCGACCUCGACUCCCCAGCUCGAGUUAGCCCGGAGCCUGAGGCUGAACAGUACAAGAGAAGAAGAAUUCACUCACCCGAUCCAAUAGCACAAGCUGCUCUCAUCGACUCGAACCUGGCACGAGUACUGUGGGAUACCCGUGACAAGCUGGAAGCGCAGUUUCAAAAGCGUCGUCGUCGUUCCGAUCAAAGUCUAACCGAAGCCAACACCUCAUCGGCAACUCAGAAGCCGUCGAAAAGAGCCCGACAGACAAGUCCUCAACCUGAGGCUGGCACCAAACGCUCUCGAGAUGCUGGCGAUUCGCCUAGCUCCCACCUACCUCGUCCUGACCAUAAACGGGUCAAGCAAGAAGAAAUCCCUUCAGCCUCCACUCGCUCUCAGCCCACUGCUUCUUCAUCCCGUCUCAAGGCCACUCCUGCCAAGGCUAAAACCGGAGUUGCUCCUUCAAAUCCCUCCUCCUCUUCAAACCCUCCCCCGAACUUCAUUUCCGAAGUUAAAUCUGAUUAUGCGAUUCAAGUCGCAAAGGCCGACAAGCUUCGCCGAGAGGGUAACACAUAUUAUUUGAGCAAGAAUUAUGAACAAGCACUCAUUGUCUACACCCAGGCAAUCGGCUCAUAUCCACCCGCAUCAUUCCCAGGUUUAGCUCGUGCGGCGGGCUACGCAUUCGCAUUGGCUAACAGAGCAUCAGCUUACAUGGCCUUAGGUCAAUACCAGCAGGCCUUGGAGGACCUUCAAGGAUCGAUUACGGAGACCGACCCUCCUUCGCUAUUGAACCCAGACAACAGAUUGAAUUUUUUCAAACGAGUCUGUCGUCGCGCACGUUGCUAUCUGGCCCUUUUAGACGGCCCUAACGCCUCCCGCGCCUUGAACAUCAUCGGAGGACCUCAGUCAAACACCCCAAUUCUUCCCGAUGAUCAACCUUAUGAAGAAUUUGAAAAGCUUUCACGUCGUGCCAACUUCCUGGUCGAGCACGUGGAACAAAUCAACGAUGCUCGAAAGAAUGAGCUCUGGCGGGGCGGUUUGCAAGUGAUGAAGUCGUUGGAAAAGGAGAUCGUGACCUGGGGAUUCAAAUUCAACCCCUCGCAUCUUCCUGGGUCUUGGACCAUUUGGAAAGCUGAAAUACUCGCCCACCUGGGCAAACCUGUCGAGGCUCAACGCGUCCUGCUCCACGUGCGCGCAACCGAUCCAUUCAGAUGUGAAUGUGCAAUCGUUCAUGCUUUGAUUGCUCUAAGCAACGGCGACCUUGGCUUAGCUCAAAAGAGGUUAUUCGGCAUCUUGCAAUUGGUUCCAGAUUAUGCUCCGGCUUCUGAUUUACUGGAGUUCUUCACACCUUUGUUGAGUUCGAUUGGCGCAAUCGAAAGUACCGCUGCUCGAGGAUCACAUCUUCAAGCUGUGGCUCUCUGCGAAAAAUUUGUUGCCGACUAUCACGAAGGUAUCUUCACUACACUUCGUAUAAAAGUCGAGACUAUCAAAUUGGAACAGAUAGCUCAGCAAUCUAUGAAGGAUCCACGAUUUGGGCCCCAGCUCUACCUUCGCCUCGACUCAUUGAUCGGAUCCCUGCUCAGCAAGAUGAACUACGGGUCCCCCACCUUAUUGUUCAAUAAAGAAGUAUACGAGCCCUACCGGGUCUAUCUUACCCGAGCUGUUUUUGCCCAGGCCCGUGCAACCUAUCAAUACAAGCAGCUUGCUUCGUUGCCGAUCUACACGACUGUUGCUGAGUUGCUCCGCCUUUGGCCAACGAUGGAUCUACCUGCCCGGGACAGCAUGUUGGAAGAAAUCCGCUCGAGGACUAAUUUCCAUAACUCAUCCCAUUCGUACACGAAUGGGUUUCACUCCCACUCGUCCCAUUCGUACACGAAUGGGUUUCACUCCUACUCCUCCCAUUCGUACACGAAUGGGUUUCACUCCCACUCCUCCCAUAGCCGCUCGUCUCGUCCCUCUGGUCACUCCACCAAGUCUGAUUCGGAUCCCAAAGGUUACUACAAGGUUCUUGGACUAACAAAAAGUGCUUCAGCGAAAGAAAUCAAGACGGCUUUUCGGACGCUCAGUCUAACUCAUCAUCCUGAUAAAGGCGGGCAAACCGCGUUGUUUCAAACCAUCAACGAGGCUCAUUCGGUUCUUUCUAACCCUGACUCAAAGUCGUUAUACGAUCUUACUGGUCGAUAA